ACAGGUCAUACCUUGCAUGCACAGGGUUUUCUGGAAUUCUGUACACAAAAUUAGACCUUGUCCAAUUCUUGUACGUCACCAUGUGGAUAUCACUAUUGUCGUCGAGGGUCAUAACGUUUGAUCAGAGACUACUUUUCUGAACGCACAAAAACUAAUUCAUUAAUUUUGGUGGCUAAAUUGUGGACCUGCAAGUUGAGCAAGAAUAAUAUGUGGGUGCUCGUGAAAACCAUCUUUGCAGAUCAGGAAAGUCGCAAUUAUAUCAAGUUAAUCAUGAAGAUCACCAUAAAACUAAUUCUUCCUUACAAUUUCAUCCUACAACCAAUUCUCAUCUACUUAAGGGCCGUCUGCAUACCUAGGUAUUAAUGGUUUUAUUUUCGGUCAAUAGCAAUUUUAACUUAUUCUUUAGCUCACACUGAACCGCGCUCUCAUACUCAAGUGCGAAUGCAAAUUAUUGCUCACCUUCAGCUCUUCUGACAACUGGAAACUGCUGGAAAACCUGCAUCAUCUUGUCCUUGCUGAGUUGGACACUCAUAAAUGUGAUAGUUGGGUGGUCCUUGAAAGGAUGCGUCCUUUCAGGCCCCAAAGCUUGCUUCUACUUCAAUGAAAGGAUUUAUUGUGCCCUGAUUUUCUCAGCACCGGUGUGGCCCUGCUGAUACGGAAGGCUCUUCCUGCUGUGGUGGCUGUGAAUUUGUACAGCAGGCUGCCUGUGAGAGGGAAAGGGAAACACAUUAACCAUAUUUUGCAUCUACAGCGUAGCUUCGCGAUAAUUUAAAAUCAGAAUAGUUAGAUUGGCCAAACUGGAUCAUGGGUAGGCACAUCGGUAACCAAGGAGGUUUAUCAGUGUCGGCGACCUAGUUAAGGUCGAGAAAGUGAAGUUUCAAUGGAUAAGUCAGUAGAAGGAAGUGAAGAACGUUUGUUUGGUUCCAAACAAACCAUAGAUUCCACCAAACCUGCUGCAAAAUUGGAUAAGUCCCAUGCUGGAGAGGAGGACAGGAUAUCAUCAUGUGAUGGCUGGGUUCGACCUUCCAGUCAGGCCAAGUGCAGAACUUUGAAAAAGUUAUUGCAGUGCCACGCACCAUCACCAACAACAAAUAAGGCAGAUGAACCCGAUGAUUGAGCACCAUUAUUCCACGUAGGAACAGUUUCAGUUCGGAAACCUUGCUCCGAGCCGCAUCAUACUCUAACCGAGGGGUACAAAAUCCAAAAAUUUAGGACCUAACCUUCGAUUCAGAGAUGAGUUUGAACACACUCAGAGACCUUCUUGUGAUGCCAGCAAAACGUGUAAAUUCUAUUUACUAAUGACUUUUAUUCGAAAAAUCUGUAAAUUAACCUCUGCGAAGACAACAUUAAAUUACAGCAACAUACAGCACUUGACCUACACCAGAUUGCGUCGAACAUCACAUAAACACAUACUCAGCACCGCAUCUGCAUAAACAAUAUAGGUUAAGCUCAUCGUGUCUUUUGUCUUCAUCCCCAUCUUGUUAGGCUGAUAUCCUACCAAUGUUCGACACGUUCAGGAGAGUACAGACGUUCUCAUCACCGAUACAAAAAACCAUGGCAACACCAGCACACUCGGCGAAUGUCGAUUCCCAAACAACGAAUUCGGAGCUUGAGGUGCAGGAGGAGUGGCUGCCAAAACGACAUCCCACCGACACCUCCAUUCCAAUCGAACCUCAGCCUAAAGAAUCCCGUGUUCGCGAGCGCUCGCUGUCACGCAUGGUAUCCGCGAUCCCCUACAACCCCGCCGAGCACUACCUGGAUACGGAGUGGAUAUCCCCACGGGCGACGUUCAUCCACCACCUCGACGAGAACGAGCGGAGACUAGACGCAGAGUUGGUGGCUGACAUGCGCCGUUGGAACCAGGAGAUCGAAGACACGGAGAGCGCGUUGAACGAUUUGGCCACGCCCAAGCGAUGGCCCACCUGUGCGCGAGGAGGCAACGAAACGGGACGGGCGCGCGACUCGGCAGUGCGAGAGACCACAGAGCAGGAGCUGCGCCCAGAGCUGCUGUUGCCGCCGCACCGCUACCGACAUUUCAAGCACGACCAGGACCUGCUGGCUCCGGAGGACUGGGACGAGACUCACCGGCAGUCAACGUUUGUCGGUAGUCGGCUUCACCCCCUCGCGGCGACCGGUCACCGGCGACAUCACGAUAAGGAGGAAUUGGCUAAAGGAAAACAUUUUGUUCCUUUUGAGAAGGGAUUAAAAUGGGCAGAGGGGAAACAUUAUGUAGCCAAUGUUUUGCGCUUUGUUCCUGACCACUGCCUGGCCCCCCAUGAGUUAGGAACCCCAUUCCCGUUUGAAAUUCACUGUGGCAACACCACUGAAAAAUUGAACCUUUGGCCACCUAAACCAAAAAUUUACCCAAAUUAUCUUGCACCUCCUCCGGAUUGGCGGACUUGUGACAGAAAUUCUAUUACUUACUAUCUACCUUCUAGUAAAUUGACAGACAAAGAACGUUGUGAUGCAUGGGCAAGAUACAACAAGCAAGCAAUGGAAAACCUCUCAUGGAAUCCAAGUUUCCUCAAAGAGAAUAAUGAAUACUUCCCCAUGGUCAUACAUGUAAAUGAGGCUCAAAAUUGGAUAAGUGGGUAUAAUCGAAAACCUAAAACUAAGAAAUGUCCAUGGCCGUGGUUGUCAAUUGCGAUGGUCAACUUCCUCCCUCCAGAUGUUUUCACAUGCAUUGCAGGCGAGAAGGGUUUGGUUGUGUUUGAUGGAGGAGAGUAUUUGACAUUGCCUCACCAAGAGUUUUGGCGGACAAAAUGGCCUUCACAAUCCAUCACCGUGGUGGUUAAUCCAUUGGUUGCCAUGCUCCAAAUUGUGCCCCCACUUGACAAUCUAAUGUAUGCUCAAGAAUUCAAAAUAGGGAAACUUCAAGUAGAAGAGUUUCUUGGGCUUGGCCAAUCCUAUUACAAGCUCUACAUGGUUGGAGAACGGUCGGGAACUUUCAUGGAAGGAGGGAUACAAUGUUCAUACACUGGAAGCUUGGUUACUAUAUAUGAUUCUAGAUCAAACAUGAUAGUGGAUGUAAAUACAUGCAAAAUUAGGCCAUCUCCUUUGGGAGUCUCUAGUUUAGGAAUAAUACAUGGACAAAUGAUUUGGGGAGGAAUCAAUUAAAUUGGCAAAAGGAAGAGAAUCACCUAUGUGAAAUCAAAACAUUAUCAACCAGACAAGAAGCAAAAAAGAAUUCAAGAUGGCACAAAAAUCAGAUCCAACGUAUUAUGUGUGUGCUCCAUGCGUGUUCCGACUUUUCAAUAUUGCAGAUCCAAUCCACACACACUCACUCUCAACUAUGCCCAUAAAUGUUCAAAGCUAUCUUUUUGGAUCAAAUCAAACUGACCUAGCUAAAUGCAAAUAUGAUGUUCGUGCGGGCAUGGGGGAUAUAUGUUUCUUUGGCCAUUUACAAAUGGCCUUUGUGAUAUUCAUGCCCGAGGCAGAUCAAUGGAGAACUCUUGAAUCCACUCAAAAUAUUUUACCAAGUGUACCAACUUUACUCAGUCUUGCAGAUUGUGAAUACACACCAAAUUUCUAUGCUAAUCCAAAAUACCAACCUUGCAAAAAUCAUGAAUCAAUGAGAGGCCUUGGAGAAUCCUUUCCUAAGCUUUCCCAACCUCAUGAAAAGGAAUUGUCAAGUGAAGAAUUAUCUUAUGAUGACGAAUAUUCAAGAUGUUGUGACAAAGAUCCUCUUUCUCAUCUUCAAGACAUGAGUGUAUUGGGGUCCCCACCUCUACUUUCAAGGAAGCCAUUGUCAUUGACAUCACAUGAAUUGCAUGUGAAGGCCAUGGUGGAUGUUGCCAAUGGCCAUCGACAAAGUGUGAGAGGCAAAUCACUCUAUUCUUGCGCACAUGACUCCAUGCUUGUAGUGCCAAGUGGGUAUGUUCCAAAAUUAAGUUAUAUUGCACCUACAUUGCCUUCAAAUUGGUUAGUUAAGGAUGAAAGAGAUAACUUAGGACCCCCUCGUCGACCAACCCGUAUUGUUCAAGAACUUGAUGAGUAAUAAGUUUAUAUAUGAACCAAAAAAAUUAAAGAUGUUGUGUGGCUUGAUUAAAUCUCAAGAUUGUUGCAUAGUUUUGAAUAAUGAUAAAUUUAGGUUUGUAGGAUGAAACUACUAUUAUUUGUAAGGUGAUCAGCUGUCUUCAUAGUCUAUUUUAAAGAUUUAAUGUGUAAUUAAAACAUUUGGUAUCAAAUUAGAAAAUGAAACUAGUUUUUACUCAGAAAAAUCAAUGAAAUACUAGAGGAAGUUGAUAAUUUAGAAAUCUCAAGUAAAUAUUACCACUCUCAUCUUUACAUUGAGUGUAAGGCAAGGUUUGCCUUACUGCUUGUGAGUUUAAGGCAAGGAUUGCCAAUCUAUCCUACAUAUACAUAACAAUCUACUCUUGAUGGUUUCUUGAAUUUCUUUACUUCUACUUAUCCACAAAGUAGAAAUUAUUGAAAGAUAGAACUUAAGAAAUGCAAAAGUAA